AUGGCGACGGCGGAGGGAUGUCCGCUGCCCAUGAACUCUGAUAUAAGCGGGAUUGGUGUGCGAGUGUCGUUUUAUCUGCAGACACUCUUUCUCAGCUGCCUCUCUGCAAGAUCUGGCUCGCUAGAGGAAAUUACCGGCGCACUUUAUACGCUGCUCUUCACGAACACCGCGAUGGCGGUGACUGCGCUUAUUUUGGGUUUUAAGCCGGUCCCAGAGAUUAGCCUCCAAGACGCAAUCGUGGUCUUUUACCUCUUACUGCUAUCAUGGACGACCGUAACCCUUACGCUCCCCGCCUGCUCACGCUUCCCUCUCUCCCUCUCUUCUUCCCCGGCCCGCUCAGCACGCUCGCUGACUCUCCUCCACACGCUCUCCGUUCUACAAUCCUACACCAUCUUCGCCUUCCUUCUCGCUCUGACCAUCUCCGCCCCAACCUUCGGCUCCCCUACCACCGUCCAAUGCAACCCCCAAGCCCGGGCUGUCCUCUUCCGCCCCUUCUCUGCCCUCGGCGCUGGCAGAGUAUUAGGCGCCGUUGCAACGGGUGUCGUUGUCGUCGUUUACACCGGGGUAUUAGUCAGAGACCAUCUCCCGCCCGCGCCUGACGCCGUCCGUCGUUGGAUGCGCCGCACUGUCCUUCGCCGUGUGCCCAACGUAGAGCGCAAGGCUGCGGAGAAGCCCGGCCCGCAGCCCGGCCCCGCGCACGCUAAUCCACCCCGGUCUGUCCCCCCAGGACUGGAAACAUUUGGCCCCGGUGCCCUCCCCCGCGGACCGCGCCGUGUCCCCGGGCGCAACCGGUAUCGUGGACGGACCGCGGCAAGCGACACGCAGCGGCCUUCAUACGACCUGCAGAUCGCGUGGCCGCUCGUGAUUCACUUGUUCGUCGUGUGUGUGCUGUGGACAUUGGCAGUGAUGAACACAGAGCUGCUCAUCCGCUGGAAUACCAACACCGACGCGAAUGUCGAUGCAGAUGGAGGCUCGGGGUGGGGGUUUGGCCAGAUACUGCCCAUGUUUCUGGUGCUCCUCCCGCUCGCCAACGUUAUCAAUGCUUUCCGCGAGUUUGGCCUGCGGCCGCUGCCUAUGUGGCUGCUUGUCGGACCCGCGAAUGCGAAUCCGGAGGAUGGAGGGUUGCCGGAGGGGAAGGUGUAA